AUGGAUAAUUAUCCAUAUUUGGAUUCUGAAAUAAAUUCUGAUUUUAUAUUGGAAUUUUCUUAUUCUUUAAAAGAAGUGGGUGAGGGUGAUUAUUCAGAUCAAUUUUCCACUGAUAAAAUAUUCCCAACACGCGCCGAUUUAAUUGAAUGGGUUCGAAAGAUUGCAUUUGAUCUUGGAUUUGUUGUCGUCACUAUAAGAUCUGACACAGCAACUGGUGAAGCUGGUAGAAAGACAUUUAUUUUGUUAGGCUGUGAAAGAAAUGGGAAGUAUAGGAAGUAUAAGGCAGAUGUUCAACCUAGUUUAUCUGGCACAAGAAAAUGUGAGUGUCCGUUUAGGUUGAGGGGUAAACCUAAAGGAGAUGGUUGGGUGUUGAAGGUUAUGUGCGGCUAUCACAACCAUGAAUUAGCAGAGACUUUGGUCGGUCAUCCUUUCGCGGGUAGGUUAAAUGCGGCUGAACAAUCAAUUCUUGUGGACAUGACUAAUAGUCAAGUAAAGCCGUCAAAUAUUCUUUUGACUCUGAAAGAACAUAAUGAAGAUAACGUGACAACGAUAAAGCAAAUAUAUAAUGCGAGGUACACGUACAAACGAUCUUUGAGAGGGUCUAGAACGGAAAUGCAGCAGUUGAUGAUGUUGUUAGAUAGAGACAAAUACAUCCAGAGAAGUAGAUGUUUGGACGAUUCUAACGUGGUAAGUGACUUGUUUUGGACACAUCCCGAUUCAGUGCACUUAGUCAAUUCUUUUAAUAUUGUUUUCUUAAUGGAUACGACGUACAAAACGAACAAAUAUCGACUUCCGUUGCUCGAGAUUGUGGGAGUCACAUCAACUGGUUUGACAUUCACAGCCGCCUUUGCAUUACUUUCAAGUGAACGCCAAAGUAAUUUCACUUGGGCAUUGGAAAGGUUCAAAGGAUUAUUAUUGACAUCAGAGGGCGGUCCACGCGUUAUUAUCACUGACAGAGACCUUGCUUUGAUAAAUGCAAUUAAUAAUGUCUUUCCGGAGACUUAUCAGAUGUUAUGUACAUUCCACAUUGCGAAAAAUGUUAGAGCCAAAUGCAAGAUGUUAGUGGAUAAGGUUGAGUCAGUGGAUGUGUUGAUGGAAGUGUGGCAGAAUGUCAUGGAUUGUGACGACCAGUCUAUGUUUAGUGCUUAUGUUCAUCGUCUUGAGUAUGCCUCUUCUGCAUGGCCUCUAUUUUUUGAUUAUGUCAACCGCACUUGGAUAAUUCCGUACAAGACAUACUUUGUCAAGGCGUGGACGAACAAAGUUAUGCAUCUAGGCAACACUACAACAAACAGGUAA